AAGCCCCGCCCCCUUUAACUAGAACGGAAGCGGACGCUAGCAGACAGCGAGGAGCUGGUCAAGAAGAAAACAGUAGAUGUAGACGGACAAAUAACAUCAACAGUCUUUUCUCUCCAUAGUGAAAUUCCGACUGGUGCAGAGGUGGAAAUAUCAACAUGGCGCACAAAAGGAAGUCAGAGUCCGCGACUAAAAAACUACGGGUGUCACUUUUUGUCUCUUUUGUUUGUGUUGCUGUUCACCUCGGCGUUGCCGACGCCAGGCUACGCCGGACAAGAAGCGCUUCGACUAGCCAAACGGUAGAAAACUACGACAAAUAUUACAAUUAUGUCGAUCUAAGCCGACGCUUGCGCUCCUACGCCCAGAAAUUCUCUCACAUAGCGAACCUAUCAAGCAUAGGUCAAUCCGUGCAGGGCAGGGAGCUGUGGGUGAUGCGGAUCACCAAGGACCCCCAUAUAGAGUCCCCGGGGAAACCCAGGUUCAAAUAUGUUGGCAACAUGCACGGCGACGAGACCGUGUCCAGGCAGGUUCUCGUCUAUCUUGUGGAGUACCUGCUGACCAAAUACCAGGAGGAACCGCGGAUAGCUAAACUGGUGAACACCACAGAUAUCUAUAUCAUGCCUAGUAUGAACCCCGACGGCUUCGAGAUGUCUAAAGAGGGGGUCUGUGGCGGCCCCAGGGAGGGAAGAAAAAAUGCCAAUGACAAGGACCUUAACAGGAGCUUCCCCGACCAGUACUCUAACAAAACUCCCAACUCAGAUAGCAUUCCUGAGGUCAUGGCUGUCAUCAGGUGGAUACUGGACAAACAGUUUAUUUUGUCUGGUAACCUGCACGGUGGAACUGUGGUUGCCAGCUACCCUUUUGAUGACACAGCCACCCAUGAGCAGCAAGGUCAUUACAGCCAGUCACCAGAUGACAGCCUUUUUCGCUACUUAGCCCUGGUGUAUGCCAAGAACCAUCCGGUGAUGAAGACUGGGCAACCCAACUGUUCUGAUACACCUGACGAGAUGUUUAAAGACGGUAUCACCAAUGGGGCGCAGUGGUAUGAUGUACCAGGAGGUAUGCAGGACUACAACUACAUUCAUGCAAACUGUCUUGAAAUCACCUUUGAGCUGAGCUGCUGCAAAUAUCCCCCAGCGUCUGAGCUCCAUAAGGAAUGGGAUCUUAACAAAGAGUCUCUCCUAGCCUUCAUCGAGCAGGUCCAUAUUGGUGUCCGUGGUUAUGUGAAAGACAGUGUCAGCGGUUCAGCCGUCACAAACGCCAGCGUAGUGGUGGCAGGCGUCGGCCACAACCUGACCACCGGAAGCUAUGGCGACUACUAUAGACUCCUGCUCCCAGGAGUUUACAACAUCACUAUUGUGGCCACAGGGUACACACCGGUGACAGUCAACAAUGUACAAGUUUUGGAUGGAAACGCCACAGAACUUAAUUUUACCUUGGAGCCAGUUGUCAUUGAGCCAAAUCUUGCAAGCAACGUCACUCAGACCACACCCACUACGCCGUCAACCAUUGACAUCAUUCACACGUUCAUCUGGAGUAGCAACUCCCCUCGCACAACCCAUUCCCAGUUGGUAACAGCAGAGACUAGAGGCACACCUACUUCAUUGUCACCAGAGCCACAACCUGUUCAACCCCAAGAAUUUCGCCACCACAACUAUGCUGACAUGGAGCUCUUCUUACGCAAGUACAGCAGCGAGUUCCCAUCCAUUGCUCAUCUUUACUCCAUUGGCCGCUCGGUUGAAAACAGGGAGCUCUAUGUGAUGGUCAUCUCAGACAACCCCACAGUUCAUGAACAUGGUGAGCCUGAGUUUAAAUACGUGGGCAACAUGCACGGCAAUGAAGUCGUUGGCCGGGAACUAUUGCUCAAUCUCAUCGAGUACCUAUGCCUUAACUAUGGCACCGACCAGGAAGUCACGGAGUUGGUCAACAACACUCGCAUUCACAUUUUGCCUUCGAUGAACCCUGAUGGUUACGAAAAGGCCAAUGAAGGUGAUGUGAGAGGCUACAGAGGACGCAACAACAGCAAUAAUUUUGACCUGAAUCGCAACUUCCCAGACCAAUUUGCCACUAUCAAAGAUCCCAGGCAGCCAGAGACUAUUGCCAUGAUGAAUUGGCUAAAAAGCAACCCCUUCGUCCUGUCGGCCAAUCUCCAUGGAGGUUCUUUGGUGGUCAACUACCCCUUUGAUGACGAUGAAGAAGGCAAAACCCGAUACAGCAAGUCACCUGAUGACAAGAUUUUUCAGCAAUUGUCUCAAACCUACUCACAGGAAAACCCUCUGAUGCACAAUGGGCACCCUUGUGUGAACCUGUACCCUGGCGAAUACUUUACGGACGGCAUCACCAAUGGGGCCAGCUGGUACAAUGUUGCUGGGGGCAUGCAGGACUGGAAUUAUGUAAACACCAAUUGUUUUGAGGUGACUAUCGAGUUGGGUUGUGUGAAGUACCCCUGGGCCAAGGAUCUGCCUAACUAUUGGGAACAGAAUCGCCGAUCUUUGCUUCAGUUUAUCCAUCAGGUUCACUAUGGAAUAAAAGGUAACGUGUCUGACAUAAGGGAUGGUAUGGGGAUACCCAAUGCCACCAUCCAGGUGGAGGGCAUUGACCACAACAUCACCACAGCUCACACUGGUGACUACUGGAGACUACUGGUCCCUGGGACUUAUUCCAUCACUGCCUCCGCCCACGGAUAUCAACCUGUGACGACAUACGCCACCGUGUCCAAGAAUGGCGCAGAAGUGGUUGAUUUCCGAUUGACCCGGCUUCAUUCAGAAGCUAACGGCCUGUGGCCUUCUGGACACCAGCAUAACCCAUCCGAGGAGGAGUUUGAAAGCCUAAUCAAGUACCUCUCUCUGGGCCAAGGUUUAGAACAGCUUGUCAAGAGCACCGACACAGAGAAUAGUUUCCGAUUCCGAGGUUACAAGGAGCUGUCUGCGUUCCUCCGAGGUCUUACCCUCAACUUUCCAAAAAUUACAUCCUUGCAGAGUUUGGGCCACAGCGUUGAGUUUAGAACUAUUUGGGCUCUGGAAAUCUCCAACAACCCAGGAGUGUCUGAGCCCUCUAAGCCCAAGGUGCGCUUUGUAGCAGGGAUCCAUGGUAAUGCCCCUGUGGGAACAGAGCUGCUUCUUGAGUUUGCUGCCAUGUUAUGCAUCAAUUAUGGCAAAAACCCAGUCAUUAGUAGGCUCGUGAAUGAGACAACUAUUGUAAUCGUGCCAUCAAUCAAUCCGGAUGGAAGAGAACAAGCGGUGGAGAAGCAGUGCACAUCCACUCAGGGCUUCACCAAUACUCAUGGCAAAGAUCUGGACACGGACUUCUUUGGCAAUGCAUCCCAGCGUUUGGUGGAACCACAGCCAGAAACCAGAGCAAUAAUGGACAUGAUUUUAGAUAAAAGUUACACGCUGUCUGUGGCCCUUGAUGGAGGAUCCCUUGUGGCUACUUACCCUUAUGACAAGCCUGUCCAAUCAGUGGAGAAUGAAGGCACUCUGAAGUACUUGGCCAGUGUUUAUGCCACCAACCAUCCCAAAAUGCACCUUGGCAACACUGCAUGUUCAAAUAAUGGACAGACAAGUAACAUUCCAGAUGGAGUUAUGAGAGCAGCUGAGAGACAAAGUCAUAUGGGCAGUAUGAAGGACUUCAGCAUGGAUUUUGGUCAGUGUCCAGAAAUCACAGUGUAUACCGGCUGUUGUGUGUUUCCUCCUACUGAAGAGCUUGCCACACUCUGGGCAGAAAACAAAAGGCCUCUUCUGAGCAUGCUGGUGGAGGUCCACAAAGGAGUGCGUGGAGUAGUGAGAGAUAAAAGUGGGAAGCCCAUUGUUGGCGCCAUCGUCGUCAUGAAUGGGGGUGUGAGAGUCGUCACUGCAGAGGGUGGUUAUUUUCGGGCCUUGCUGGCACCUGGCAACCAUAACAUCGAAGCUGUUGCUGAUGGUUACCAACAGCAACGCCAAGAGGUGGUGGUGUCCUCCUAUGAAGCAGCAAGCUCUGUCAUCAUUGAGUUUGAUAUGGAUCACAGCAUCUUUGGUCUACCAAGAGAAUUUGUGGUGGCCAGUGCAGCUGCCUCCAUGACAGCAUUGGUGAUAACGGCCUGCAUCAUCUGGUGUGUGUGCGCUGCCAAGUCCAAUCGGCAAAAGGAUGGCUUCCAUCGUUUGCGGCAGCAUCGAGACGAAUACGACGACGAGAUCCGGCUUACGUCAAUGGGCUCCAAAAAGUCUCUCCUUGCCCACGAGUUUCAGGAUGAAAGUGAAAGUGAUGAGGAUACGUUAUAUGCCAACAAAAUAUGAAAGAACCUCUGCGAUGUUUAUAUUUUGCUUCUGCAAGAUAAAACCCGGGAUAGCAAGAAUGUGGACUUGUUGAACCUGAGGUGUUUUAUCUGCCUCCUCAUGAAUGCACCAAGACUGAAACACUCUGAUGGGUUUUUAAAACCUGCUCAGUUAUUAAUCUAAUUGUUGCGCCAUCAUUGACAAAACGUUGCAGUCGUCUUUUGGUGCUCAGUCUCAACCUAAAGCUUUGAUCCUGUGCGCCGCUCAUCCGUCCCGCCUUUGAGUGCCCAAAGUUUUAGUGACCUAUCAGCUUGUCCUGGAAAAAGAAUUAGAAUUUUUUUUUCUUUUUUCUUUUCGUUUUGAGCGCAACAACUUUGGAACAAAAAUAUCCUGAGUCCCCACUUUGGUGCCUUGGCUUCUCUGGAGCUGCAAUGUAGGAAGUAGAAAACAUUUGGGCCUUCAAAGUUUAUGAUCCAUCCUAUUCUCAGGGGGUAGGAAGACAUACAAAUUAGACCCCUCUAUUCUGAUGUUGCACUAUUCCUACGCUAAUGAUUUUGUUCUCCUCAAGGAAAAGAACGAGUAUCUCGAAAGAGUGUCAAUAUUAGUACCGAUCACUUGCACUGUAAAUGGGGAGGAAAAAAAGAACUAUGUCAAGCAACAAGCGAAUCUUUUAACAAAUGUCAAAUGAUGAAUGUCUAUUUUAUUUUCUAAUGUACUGUUCCUUUUAUUAUGGAGCUGUAUGAUUGAGUAAAUGGAAAAUGUCAAA